AUGAGUGGCUGGCGGGCGGGCGGUCGGGCGGGCGGGGGGCUCUCUCUGGCUGGCGGCCUGUUUUCACACACGAGAUUCUAUAGUAUGCUUGAAAACAAUGCAGCAGCAGGGACGAAGAGGCGGUGAUGCAUGGGAACUGAUGCGAUCCCGUCUCUUCUCAUCCUCUAUCGUCUCCCAGUGUCGUUAAAUUGCGUUCAAACGUCGGGGUCCUCCAUCCUCCGCCGAACUCUUCGGAUGCAGCUGUUCCCCUUCAGUCUCGCCGUGCCUUGCUGUCCCUUGGAAACGCCUUGCCCCUCCCUCCCUCCUUCGCUCGCUCCUUCUCUCCCUCUCUCGCUCCGUCGCUCGCUCGCUUGGCCUCUUGGGCGCGCUGGGUCGGACGAGAACGCUAAUCUGCACGUUCCGUGUGAGAGGGGAUCAGACUGAGAGAACGGGGUUCCGUCGAUCGGUGGAUCGAUCCGAGGGAGGGCCCGACGAUCGACCGAGUGCAUCGAGUGCAUCGAGUGCAUUGAGUGCGUGCGUGCGUGGAGGAGAAUGGCGUUCCCGCCCGUGACCAACAGCAGGACGCCUCGCGUGGUGAUCGUGGGCGCGGGCAUGGCCGGAAUAGCUGCAGCGCAGAGAUUGCAGAGGCUGGCGUCGUCGCGAUUGCAGCUGACUGUGCUGGAGGCCAGUGAGAGAAUUGGAGGGCGCAUCCGGUCCUCGGAAUUCAACGGCGAGCGCAUGGAGCUGGGCGCCACUUGGAUUCACGGCAUAGACGGCAGCCCGAUCUUCAAACUGGCCACGCGAAUUGGGGCGAUGGAUGGCGGCCAGCAGCCUUGGGAGGGCCAGGAUGGAUUCCUGCGCAACGAGCUGGUGCGGACCGAGGGCGGUUCGGAGGUGGACGAUAAUAUCGUCCGCCCGGUGGCGGACUUGUUCGACGACCUGCUCGAGCAAGUGAAAGACGUCGACAGCUGUCGCGCCGACGCUCACCACAGCAUCGGAACGUUUCUGCGGGACGGACUCGACCGGUUCCUGGUUGAGCAGCGGCAAGCGGCGCUGGCUGCCGGUCGUCGGCCCUGGAACGACAAUGACGAGUCCCUGCGGCAGGCGCGGGGCUUGUUCAGAAGCAAAGAGUACUCGGAGAGGAUCGUGACCGGUGCCGAUUGUCUGACGGAGCUGGACGUGGGCGGCUACCAGGAAUACAAAGAAUUCCCCGGCCCGCACCGCACCAUCGGCAAGGGCUAUUCCACCGUCAUGCGCGAAUUGUCGAGCGUUCUGCCCGAUCAGACUGUCCAAUUCGGCAAGAAGGUCGACAGAAUCCUGUGGAACCAGACCACGUCCGCCUUCCCCGUCAGCGUGCAUUGUCAAGACGGGUCCGUCGAGUACGCCGACCACGUCCUGAUCACCGUCUCGCUCGGUGUGCUGAAACGGGCUACGCUCGCUGCCUCUCGCACCGACGUGCCACCGGGCGCCGAGAAGAGGAAGAAGGAGGAUGCUGACGUGGUGAUCGGGGGCGGCCUGUUCAGCCCUGCGCUGCCGGAGUGGAAAUUGGAGUCCAUCGCCCGGCUGGGCUUCGGGGUGGUCGACAAGGUGUUCAUAAACUUGGAGCCGGCCGACGGGGGCCAACACACGCCGCUGCAUUUGGUGUUCAGCAGCUCGGACGAGAACGGCGACGACGAGGCGGACCGCGACGAGCACCGGCGCGGAGGAGGAGGGAGAAGGCCGGCGUGGCUGCGCAAGACUUUCGCGAUCUACCCAAUUAACAAAAAGUCGCAUGUGCUCGUGACCUGGUUCGCGGGGCGCGAAGCGCUGCUAACGGAAGCUCAGACCGAAGAGGAGCUUAUGAAGGGAAUCACGGACACGCUGGCAAAAUUCGGCUUUCCGCGGGGCUCGUGUAAAGGACUGGUGCGCAGCAAAUGGGGUACGGACCCUUUGUUCCAAGGGUCUUACUCGUACGUGAAGAAUGGGUCUACCUGUGACGACAUGCAAUUGUUGGCGGAGCCCUUGCCCACGUCGAGCGAUGAUGAUCUCUUCGCAGCAGCAGCAGCAGCAGCAGUCGGCGCGGGCAUUGCAGUCACCCCCCCGCCUUUGCAACUUUUGUUCGCGGGCGAGGCCACCGAACGUCAUUAUUAUUCGACGGUCCACGGUGCUUACCUGAGCGGCCUCCGUGAAGCCGAUCGCUUGCUUCAGCAUUACGACGUGAUCUGACCCUCGUCGCUCGACUCUGGACCCGAUGAAUUUCGGUUCGAUUCGUUUUGUUUUGCACGCACGACAUACCUCCCGGUACCUGGCGCCACAGCGAGUGCAUUGCCGGUUCUCUCCCUUAUUUCUCCUCCACGCUGCUGCCUCUCGGAUGACGAAUUUGAACCCCUCGUGGAUCCCCGUGGGGUUUAGUAGCGCUAUUCCAUUGGCUCUCUUCUGGAGAAAAAUUGCUCAGAGGAUGCGAUCAGAACAGAUCGACUGCCUGUACAAAGUUAGUAGAAUGUAUCUUCUCAGAUCAUGGUCAGCACCCACCCCUCCCCACCUCACCUCACCUCACCUGUAACUAGAGCAUUAAGUUCAACGUAAAUAUGAAUGAACCUGCAUAAGUGGCCACCUCGACCAACAAGAAGGGAGUGGUGAUACAAGUCACUAGGUGUAUGAGUAAAAGAUUCAUAGAUAGAUAGAUAAAGGUUUGCAAUGCGAGUGAGUGAGUUACUGACCCACAGACAGGCAGACAGACAGAGAGGCCUUAUAAGUGCGAAAGACCUGAUCAUGACGCACAAGGCUAUCAUAGUCCAUCAACUGUGAAAUGGCUGGUUUGUCCUGUUUGGUGUAAAAUUUCCCGGUUCGUGACUGCCUCUCUGCCGUGUGUGAACCCGUCCCUCCCCGUCCAGUCCAGAACCUUGACUUGCUCUCCUCUCCUCUGCUGCCAGUGGAAAGAACCUUGAAGCUUAGCGGUUCUGACUUUCUGGCCCGACACGAGGAGAUGGCCGACCACAUUCACCAGUGUUUCGUUCUGAGCAUGGGAAGAGAGCUCGCAAAUCAGUUUCAUCUCUGUCUGCCGGAACUGCCGUGUAAAUUCGUGUAUUCUUAUAUGAGACAAGAUUCAGUCCGAAUCACGUCUCCAACACUCCCAAUAACAUGUACAUGUAUUUCACCUUUCUCUACGUGAAUACAAUACGUGGUGUCCACGGUUCAAUCUC